CGUCAACGAGAAAGUCCAAUGAAACCACUUCAUGGUGUAUGGUGCUCCGAGUCAGCAAGGACACGCAGACACUGUUGCCUGACAACGACACUUCCCCUGCAGCUCAAGUGAAAACGCGUGGACUCUGUGGCUGCGAGGGCCCAGAAAUCAGGUACCUACUUAUCGGAGGCGAAGAACCCCAGGUCUCCGACUCGGAACAUGCUGGGCGGCGGCGACAAGGUGCACGCCGCCUGUCGUGGCCUGGACCUCGACUGGAAUCUCUCCUCAAAGCAGCACUAA